CCUGCAGUCUGGAGCAGCGGCCAGCAGGGGGCGCAGCUGGGGCCGUGUACAGACUACAGACACAGAGGAAGAAGGACGGCGGUUCACUUCAUCUUCUGUCGUUCACUACACCGUUUUCUAAUCGUUAAAAAACCAGUUCCGUCUCCAUGGCGACGCGCCGGCCGGUGGAGGUCUACCUGGACCUUCUGUCGCAGCCCUGCCGGGCCGUGCACAUCCUGCUCGGCUGCACCAAAAUCCCGCACACAGUCCGCACCGUGGCUCUGAGGAAAGGAGAGAACAGGACUCCAGACUUCACCAAGUUGAACCCCAUGCAGAAAGUCCCUGUUAUGGUGGACAACGGCUUCGUCCUCACAGAGAGCGAUGCCAUCCUGAAGUACCUGGCCACCAAGUACGACGUCCCGGAGCACUGGUAUCCACGGCAACCAGAGAGACGAGCCAAAGUGGACGAAUACACCGCCUGGCAUCACAGCAACACGCGGCCGCACGCUGCUAAAGUGUUUCUGCUGGAGAUGCUCCUCCCGGCUCAGUCUGGCUCUCAGGUGGAUGAGGUGCGUUUGAUUCGUGCUCUCUCUCAGCUCGAUGACACUCUGGAUAAACUGGAGUCCAUGUUUCUUCGCAGACAGCCUUUCCUCUGCGGCGAUGACAUCACUGUGGCCGACCUGCUCGCCGUCUGUGAGCUCAUGCAGCCUGUGGGGGGGGGCAGGGACGUCCUGCAGCAGCGUCCUCAACUGCAGCGCUGGAGGAGCAGAGUCCAGUCGGCCGUCGGCGAGUCGUUCGACCGAGCUCACGCCGUCCUGUUCGCCGUCAGAGACCGCCACCGAGCCAAGCUGUAACAUCGCCACAGGAGCGAUGUCACACAGAGGGGCGGGGCCAAGAGACACCUGCAGCCUGACUGAAGGAGCCAAUCAUCAUCCAGUGUCCAGAGACGAUGUAACACGGUUUUAAAUGCUUUGUUAGUUUGGAGGAGGUGGAGGAGAAGGUGGAGGAGGUGGUGUGUUACUCAGUCAAACAGGUGUAUUUGGUUGUUCUGUGUGAAGUUUCUUCUGUUUUAUUCAACCUGAAAUCAAUAAUCUGAAACUUGUUGCAAACAAACAAACCCGACACAUCUCAGCCUUUGAUUGGUGGGACGUUUUAAUGACAUCAUCAGCUCAGACUGAAUGAUUUUCUGAUUUUAAAGCACUUUAACAGUAAAAGUCGUCUUUGUAAUGAAGAGAAAUAAAGUUUUGAGAUUUUAUUUUA